AUGUCGUUGGACACGUUCUUGAGCAGAGGACGGGCACCGCCAAAGCUCAUCUUCAGAACGCCCCAGAACGCCCAGAACGCCGAAUCGCAGACACUGAACAUGGUCGGCGUCCCUGGGAGGUCCAAAGGAUGCAAUACCUGCCGCAGUCGAAAAAAAGGUGCCUUGUCUGUCUCACGGGCGUCUCCGCCCGUCCAUGAUGUCUCGCUGCACCCCGAUCUCGCGCGCUCGGCGUACGAGGUCAAGUAUCUUGAUCUCUUCUGGCGUGCGUACCUCCCCAGCGGCAAAGCCUUUACCCCGUAUGCAUCGGGAUACUCGAUCGGCGGCUGGACCGCUGUCGCUCGCGAUCUGUUUCACACGGACGGCGCGCUGAGGAAAGCACUCCUCGCAAUGUGUCUUGGGACGCUCGGUCGUAAUGGUGGCGAGCCGUGGAUGGUGAAGGAGGGCUUGAGGUCCUACACGCUGGCGUUAGGCCAGAUGACUAUUGGACUACGAUCGCCAGAAAAGAGGAGCUCGGAUGCCUUUCUGGUUGCGUCGAGGUUAAUGGGCCUGUAUGAGCUUUUCGUCGACAGCCGCAUGCACCUUAUCAUCACCGCCAUCAAGCUCCGGAAGCGCAACUUCCUCAGCUCUCCCGAGUGGAAGACAAUCCCGUGGACGAAUGCGGCCAAGCUGCCCAAAGACCUACUUCUGGACAUCUUCGUGGAUAUCCCCGGCCUUCUGGAGGACCUUGAUGCCCUUGCGCUGUGUGACGAUGCGGCGUCGAGACCAUUGCUCUACGCACGGCUGGUUGCCGAUUGCUGGCGUACAGACGAGAGAUUGGUCUCUUGGUUCGAGGAGCAAAGCCCCCGAGCCCAUCUCGAAGCCAUCAAGGAACGUGAAUACAAGGAACCCACCCCAGAAGACACGGCGGUUGCCAUGUCCAUGAGCUUGUAUUGGACCGCUUGCUUGCUCACGUAUUCCACUCUCAUCCUCGUUCUGACAUCCAAUCCGACAUCUCCGCUAGACGUUACUACCUUACCAGAGCGCAUGAGCCUCAACUCCUACUGCGCUGCCAUUGCCGACAUCCUCGAGAUCUUCUUCCAGCCCAGUUCUGGCAUCUUCAGCGUGCAACUCGUCCCCCUGCCCCUUGGUAUCGCGCUCUCUUACCUCGCGUCAACCCUGAAGCCGGGCAUGCCGCCCCCUCCGAAGCUCAAGAAGCUGCUCAGUUAUUUCACGCGGGGCGCAGGUGGGGCCUCUGUCGGAAGCUUCUUGCGAAGUAUGAUGCUCAAUGGCAUGGGCAAACUAAGCAACGCGUCCAAGUCGGCCAACGCUGACAGAUUCGAACGCGCAAUCAGCGGUAGGCCUACCCCUGACGACAUCAACAUCGGCGGAACUUAA